UUUUGUGGCAGAUGCUGGACUUUCCAGCAGCUGUGAUAUGAAAUUGAUUGGAUAUAAAUGUACAGAUCUGAAUGAAGUCAGCUUUACAACAUGAGAAGGCAGGAAAUGUGACUUCAUGCAAGCGACUUUACAGUGAAUUUAUUGGGGUACAGCAUAGCUGUCACUAUGGCAACGAGCGCUGUUCCCAGUGACAAUCUCCCCACGUAUAAGCUGGUAGUGGUGGGGGAUGGGGGAGUGGGGAAGAGCGCUCUCACCAUUCAGUUCUUUCAGAAGAUAUUUGUCCCUGAUUACGACCCCACCAUCGAGGACUCCUACCUCAAACACACUGAGAUUGAUGCCCAGUGGGCAAUAUUGGACGUUCUGGAUACAGCAGGCCAAGAGGAGUUCAGUGCUAUGAGGGAACAGUACAUGAGGACUGGGGAUGGGUUCCUCAUCGUGUUCUCUGUCACAGACAAGGCCAGCUUUGAACAUGUGGACCGCUUCCAUCAACUCAUCCUCAGGGUGAAGGACCGGGAAUCCUUUCCUAUGGUUCUUGUGGCCAACAAAGUGGAUCUGCUGCACUUACGUAAAAUACCCAGUGAUCAGGGGAGGGAGAUGGCUAGUAAACACAGUAUAGCUUACAUUGAAACAAGUGCUAAGGACCCAGCCAUGAAUGUUGACAAGGCGUUCCACGAGUUAGUUAGAGUAAUCAGGUAUGUUGCCACCACAGAUUAUUUAGAGAAGGUUUGUCUGUUUGAUACAAAAGCUAUGAGAGCCUCUCUCUCUCGCUCUCUCUCUCUCACACACCCAGGCAACAGAUUCCAGAGAGGAGCCAGAAGAAGAAGAGGAAAACCAAGUGGCGGGCCGACAGGUCCACUGUCUCCCACAGACUGCACUGUGUUGUCCUAUGAUGGUUUUUACUUGUACAGCUGCUCCCUACAGGACAGGGGGAAGAUGAUUACAUUUAGGAGUGUUUACUCUCUACACAGAGUUCCAGGAGGCAGUUUGUACCCUCUACCCUGACACAUGAGUUAGGUAGUAGGGUCAGGUCCAACAGCACAGGAGUUGCCCGGACAUGGGAUGUGACUGACUCGCCCUAAAAGGACCAGUGGAAUAAUUUACAGCUCUUCUGAGAAUGUGCACUAACUUACUCAACUACAUGGCGAUAAAGUGGCAUCAAUACUGCCUUUAUCUACCAAUGAAGCUCUUUGACAGAGAAACUGGACAUAUGGGCUCACAAAGAUAAUCUGUGGUCCCGUGUGGCUCAGUUGGUAGAGCAUGGCGCUUGCAACGCCAGGGUUGUGGGUUCAUUCCCCACGGGGGGACCAGGAUGAAUAUGUAUGAACUUUCCAAUUUGUAAGUCGCUCUGGAUAAGAGCGUCUGCUAAAUGACUUAAAUGUAAAUAAUUAGGACAUACUGUAGCAGGGUCACACAAACAUCAUUUUACUAAGAGGUAGGCCUUUAAAACUUGGUCCAUGUUUUUUAAAAUCAUUUUCUUGUGAUAGUCCCUAUCAUUAAGAUGGAGGCCAUUGAGUAAAGCACUGGAAGGAGGGAGGAAACAGAGCUUUCCCCAGCGAGGGGGAGUAUAGUAGAGAGGGGAGUGAGAGGAGGGGAGAGGAUGUGUCUGUUUCUGUUGGAAUCAGUGGGCCUGUCAGACAACAGAGAGAAGAAGAGAAAGUGAGGAAAGAGAUACAGAGAGAUUCCAAAUGCAUAGCAUCUGGCAAAGGGACUCCAGACAUUGUGUCAAAGCCUGGGAGGCAGCCAAUGUGUAGCCCCAUAAUUUAUACAUGGAGAAUGUCUUUCUAAUCUCUGAACAAGACUGUUAUAUAACUGUAUUGUAGCUCUUUGAACACACCAAAUGUCUUAUUUGAAUGUACACUUAUGAACCAUGACCAUUUUGACUUAUCAGUGCUCACUGGAUGUAGUUGUGUACUUCUCAAAACACUUUAAACACACUAUUGUGUGUGCGUGCGUGCCCCGGAUAUGUUGUGGCCUAGACGAUGAAAUCUAAUUUUCACAUGUGAACAUUAGUUUUCUUUGCUACUAUUUCACUAUUUAUUUUAUAGAAGUAAUUUAUUGCCGUGUUAUCAUUAGUACAAGGCUACUCCAGAGAGGCACAAAGCACAGAGCUUAACUAAGAAAUUGAAGGAACAAAAGAUGUGUAAGCAAUUUAAAUGUGUGUUAAUACAUUUUGUGUUAUAUUAUAUAUGUGUACACAUCUUGGGUUAACUGGUUUGUCUGGAUAAAACCAUAAUUAUAAUGACA